AUGGGUGAAAAAAAUUAUUUAUUACUCUUGAAAGAAUUUAGUAAUCAUUAUAAUCUUCGUGGUAGUUAUUAUAAAGGCAUGAAAGAGACUAUAAAAGAAGGAUUCAAAACAACCAAAAAACCAAUAUGGGAUGGUAAAAAACAUGAUGGAAAAAUAAGACAUCAAUUAACUAAUUAUAAAAGAAAUAAAAAAUUCGUUGUAGAAUUAAAAAGAAUAAAUUUCCUUAAUCAAACAAUAAACAUUUUCAACCACGUCUCUUUAAUAAAUGUUCCAAUAUAUGAAAUAAAUAUUGACUUUGCUCAAGUUAAUAAUCAUGGAGUUCGAUUAAAUCAUAAAGAUUGGAAUAAUUUUAAGCAAACAGUAACCAUUGGAAGCAAAAAAAAUGAUUAUCUUACAGACAGAGAUAGAAGUUCAUGUCAUUUGACACAUUGUCAAUGUGGGCUACAAUUUUAUCACAAAAAAAAAAUGGGAAUGGAAUUAAUCAAUGAAAAAGUAAAAGAUUUUUAUCAAGUAGUAUACAUAAUAUUUGUUUCAAAUAGUGGAAAACUAUUAUUUGGACCAAUAACUAUAAAAUCAAAUAAUUUUCCUUUAAUUUUGUGCCCAAAUAAAGGUUGGGUUAAUAAACUUAGUUCAUCACAAUAUAUACCAAUUGAAAAAGAUGGAAUAAUUUUUGAAAAAUUUUUAAAUCGUCAUAUUUUGCUUCCAAUAUAUUCAAAACACGCUGAUACUAAUGUUUUUAUUUGUGGUGAAGUUCAUUAUUUGGAUAGAAAAAAACUAAAGAUUGGUUAUGAAAUAAAGAAUGAAUUAACAAAUGAAUUAAAAAUUGAAAGUUUAAAUUUAUUAAAUGAAAAAUUAUCAUGUAAAAAUGAUAGACCAGAAAAUGAUUUUUAUCAUUUUGGUUACAAUUUAUAUAAUGGUAGUGGUUCAAUGAUGAAAUUUAUAGAUAUGGCAAAUAUUAACAAUUAUCGUAUAAUUCAUGAUAGCAUAAUCUAUUUGUAUGAUAAAAAAAAUGAUAAUCUAAAAGAAUUAGAAAAGGAUGGGUAUAAUUUUUUUUAUUUUAUUGAUGAAACACAUUACCCUUACCCGGAAAUAAAACCUUCAUGUGCAAAAAUUGUAAAACCAUUAAAUGCUUCAUUAAAAGUUUUUACUACAGAUGAUGAAGAAAUUAAAUUUUCUGAAAGUAAAAACAAUUCUAAUAUAAAAUUAUUCUCAAUUGACAAAAGUUUGAUGAAUAUAAGAAAAGAAUAUGACUGCAGAAUCGAAGUUGAUAAUAUCAAAGAAAAUAUACAUCUAAAAAAUUUUUAUAAAAAUACUUUUAUUGCAAAAUUGGUAUCUAUCGAUGAUUUUGGCAAUGAGAAGAAUGUUACAACAUUAGAGUUUAAAAAUAAUUUUGAAGGGUAUGGUAGAUAUUCAUGUAUAUUAACUUCUUUAAAUGGUGAAAAACUUCACAAAGAUGCCAAAUAUAUUAAACCACUAACUUUUGAAACAUUUCCUAUUGGAAUGAUGGAAGAAAUUCAAAAAGUUACAUGGCCAUCAAUUAAUACUGUUACAAUAAGUUGUAAAAAAAAAUUUUCUAAUUUUGCAAAAUUGAAAGAUAUGCAUGUAAUAUUAUCUGAAACACUGCAAUAUAGAAAUUCAAUAAAUGAGGAAAUGUCAAUGUUUUUGGAUGAUGAUGAUUUUGUUAAAUUUAAACAUGAAGUUUAUUUUUCUCAAGUAAAUAAAGUUGAAGAUAUAAGUUAUCAUUUUCAAUGUAUCGAACAAUAA